AUGUUUAUUGGCGUUCAAAGCUUCUCCACAAGCCUCGGUACCUCAUUCAAAAUUAACAUUUACUCAGAGCUUUCGGAAAAUAUGGGGUUUAUAAAUCUCGCGAUCUUCUCAUCCUCGAUGAUUUUGUUAUGCUCCAACCUGGUUAUAGCGAAUUGGGAUCCGGCAACUGGUCAUCUUCAUGACUAUAGACCUUCCCAAAACUGGAUGAAUGAACACAAAGACGGAUCAAAGUGUUAUAAGGCAAUCCAAGUCGCGGAAUGUGCCCAAAAUACUAGGCUAGCGUAUCCAAACGUUCAAUUGUUCGCAACAUUCAACGUUGACCAUUCUGAUGACAACUACCAUGGCUGCCCUUACGGCACCUGCUGUGCUUACACCGAUUUGCCGUCGCCAUCCGACAUGGAAGCCGACUUCACCAAUUAUCAUUCGUUCUUUUGGCAUGGUCUCGGAGGGAUUUCUGGUCCCGGUACCAACCCGAUCGCUAAUCCUCAAACGGGUGCCUUUGGGUGGGAGAGUAGUGAUGGGAAGUUUCACGAAGGCAAGCCGGACGUUUCCCAAGAACAAAAGAACCACGACUCCAACUACCCAGGCUUCAAGCUGCCACCCGCCUGGUCCAAUGUCGAAUAUCCAAAUCAGUCAUCACCUGCGCAGCCCAAAUGUGGGCAAGCUGACGGAGAUAAUUUGGACCCUGGCCAAGUUCACGGAAGCUACGGUAAUUAUGAACCAGCCCCAGCUAGCUCUUACAAGGCUCCACCAACUCAUCUUGCUUAGAUUCUUAUUAGUAUUCCCGUAGGCUUUGUGAUCACUUUUCAAACUCUUGCAAUGAGUAUAGUCAUGUUAUGAGGAUCAGUGAAUGGCUAAGAUGGCAGUUGUUCAUGUCAUGGAUUUAAUCAACUGAGAAGAAAUCGUAACUGGUAGUCAAUGCUGUUUUCGAG